AUGAAUAUGGAAAACGACCAAGAAGAUCUUGAUCUGCUUCUGUCUCUUGACGAUAGGGUUCUCGAAACUCCUCCCGGUUCUCCUCCUUCUGCUGCAACCGCCGGAUAUCUCACGGAUGAUGAAUCCCCCAAACGUAGAGCUCAUUCGGAUUUGUCUGAAUUCAGAAGCGUUGUUCAAGAUUGUCUUGACUAUGAUCCUAAAUCAGUCUCCAGAAACACUAAACCCAAAACCUCCAUUCUCAACGGCAUUGACAAGUUUUCUGGUUUGCGCAUAAGGAAUCAAUUACUUAGCCCUGCAGAGAUUAGUGAUCGGUUUUCAGAUAUUCGUUUCGUUCGAUUGCCAACACUAAAGAACUUGCUAGUGGGUGACAAACUGUCCGGGUGCUGGGCCACAAUGGGAGUGUUAACAGAGAAGGGACAACCCAAAACAAGCUCAAUAGGUCAGCCUUACGGCAUAUGGAAAAUCGGUAGCUUAAAUGAAAACAUUGUCUCCUUGUUCUUGUUUGGUGAUGCUUUUAAGAAGAACGAGACAGAAAAGGCAGGAACGGUUUUCGGUCUGUUUAAUUGCUCCAUUCGCAAGGACAAAUUGGGACGUGAGUUCUCAUUGAGUGUCAACUCCGCUAAACAAAUGGUAAAACUGGGAGUUUCCGCUGAUUAUGGAGUCUGCGCAGCUAAGCGGAAAGAUGGAACAACUUGUACAUCUGUCGUAAACAAACGCCAAGGAGCAUUCUGCAAGAUUCAUAAACUGAAUGCAUCAGACAAAUUUGCUACAACGAGAACUGAACUCAAAGGAGGGAACUUGAGAACAGCUUUCAGAGAUCCAAGAUCCCAAGGGAUUUACACAGUUGAGCCACCAACAGAUAGGAGCGGAAACAAAAAGGCCACUCAACCUGUCCGAGUACUAUCAGUAGAAGGUCUCCGAAAGGCUCUCAGUACUGCGGAUAAAGUGACGCCUAACGUACACUCACAAGGAAUACGUUUCCUGAACGAGAUGGCCAGACAAACGGCUUUGAAGAACGUAAACAAGAAAUCUGAAGGUGUGAAUAAGCCUGUAGAGAAGAGGAAAGCAUCAGUAAAAGAACUGCAAGUAAAGACCGAGCCGAAGAAGAAGAGAACAGAGCACGGCAAGGAAACUGCCAAGACUGCCACCGGAAAAAUGAUGGUACUAGACUUCUGCAGCUCCGACGAAGAAUGA